AUGGGGAACUCUAACGGAAGCACUGUGGAUGACCUGCAGGCGGUGGAGAUGCACCUGUGGUAUAAGAAGUUCAUGACCGAGUGCCCCUCUGGGCAGCUCACCCUGCAUGAGUUCAAGCAGUUCUUCGGCCUCCGUGGCCUCGACUCCGAGGCCAACGCCUACAUUGAGCAGAUGUUCCGCACCUUCGACAUGAACAAGGACGGCACCAUCGACUUCAUGGAGUACGUGGCGGCCCUCAGCCUGGUGAUGCGGGGCAAGAUGGAGCACAAGCUGCGCUGGUACUUCAAGCUGUACGACGUGGACGGCAACGGCUGCAUCGACCGGCACGAGCUGCUCAACAUCAUCAAGGCCAUCCGGGCAAUCAAUGGAAAUGAGAGCCAGGAAAUUUCUGUGGAGGAAUUCACCAACCGAGUGUUUGACAGGAUCGACAUCAAUGGAGAUGGGGAGCUGUCUCUGGAGGAGUUUGUGGAAGGGGCACGUAAGGAUGAGGACUUCAUGGAGGUGAUGAUGAAGAGUCUGGAUCUCUCUCACAUUGUUGCGAUGAUCCACAACAGAAGGCACAGCGUUUAG